GUUCAAUGCGCCGCGCGAGUCCAACAGCUAAGCUGAGCUGGAGCGGGCGUCAGGAGAAAGCGAGGUGCAAGCACGAGAAGCAAAACCCACAUCGCAUAUUGCAUUGUAUUGCUGCUGCUCUCGUGACUCGCUCGAGCUGUCAUUACCUCCUUCCUCCCAGCCCGAAAACGCAAAACAACGCCGCUGACCAGUCCAGCUCUGCCGCCAGCCCUGCCGCCAGCCCUGCCACCAGCUCCAGGCUCCAACACCCAGCCUCGCUCUUGCCUACCUCGCUCUCGGAUCUAGAGCUCGACUCCUACCUCAGCCCUCAGCCUUGUCCAAGCCGAGCACUGCUGCGCCUCUGGCCGACACCACCAGCUACCGCCCUCUAGCUAUACUCCUUCCAACCGAGCCACCAACCACAGACCUCGCCGUCGCAAACAUCGCUGCCGCCCACGCGAGCAGCCGCGCCUGGCGCCAGCAACCACGCCAACAUGGCGGCGCGAGCGACGUCACCGGCGUCUCCAAAGUCCACCACCACAAAACCCCCUGUACCAGGCACUCCCGCCUUUGGCUGUGAACACAUCCAACUGCUCGUGACCAAGAGCCCCGAGAGCCUGCAGACCUCCAUCACCCACUACAAGGCCAUCCUGCGCAAGAUUUUCGACAACACCCCCAUCGUCCCCCAGACCUCGACCGGCCCCAACGGCCAGGCCAUCACGUCCCUGACCUCCAACUACCUGUGUCUGCAAUGCCCUGCCACCGUCACCGAGGACGACCGGCUGAAGCAUGGCAACAAAAAGCAACACCGUUUCUUCGCCGACUCUCGCAACGGCUCACUGUACUGUCAGAUAUGCGACGAUUUGGUGUGGGACCCAACCCUUGAGGAGUUGAGGUUACGAAAGAUCGGAACUGGCUCCUUUUCAACGACCCGCAAGAGGAAACACGACGAGCUUUUUUCAGACUCCAAGGAUGACCCCAGGUAUAUAUCGGUAAACACCACCAUGGCCUCGUGUAGAGCGACGGGGCUGCGUGGCAUCUACAACGCGGGUGCUACCUGCUACCAAAACGUCAUCCUGCAGACCUUUCUGCACAACCCCAUGCUACGCAACUUCUACCUGAGCGAUGGCCACCGCAGCUCCGACUGCGGCGUCUCGUACUGCCUCAGCUGCGCCAUGGACGAGAUCUUCCAGGACUUUUACGCGCUCGAGAGCACUAACGGUUACACGGCGGCCAAUAUCCUGUCGGGCUUCUGGAUCUCGGAGCGCAAGGCGUUUGAGAACCUGGUGACUACCAAGGAGCAGGACGCCCACGAGUUCUUCCAGUUCCUCGCAGAGGAGCUGCACGAGCGCAACGGCGAUGGCAAGCGGCCCGAAAUUGGCUCCGAGCACAGCUGCAACUGCAUCGUCCACCAGACCUUCUACGGCAAGCUGCAGAGCACCACCACGUGCCAGGCCUGCCACGGCGUCACCAACCAGGUCCAGUCCUUCCUGGACCUGAGCCUGGGGCUGGAAAACCUGGCCCAGAGGCGAAAAAAGGCCGGCAGCAGCAGCGCCGCCAAGGCGGGCGUGCUCACGCUGCAGGACUGCCUUGACGACGAGUAUGUCAAGUCGGACAAGUGCGAGUACCGGUGCCACAGCUGCAACUCGACCCAGCAGGCGAGGCGCCACACUAGCAUUAAGAGGCUACCCAACGUCUUGUCGAUCCAGCUAAAGCGCUUCGAGUACAAGGGGGGCCGGCACGACAAGGCGGCAAAGGUUGAGACGCCGGUGCAGUUCCCGCUGUCGCUCAACAUGUUCCCCUACACCAACCGGGGCCGGAGCGGAGAUUCCAAGGAGAACUACGAGCUGGCCAGGUCGUGCACCUACGACCUCCUUGGUGUGGUGGUUCACGUCGGCGAGAUCGACACGGGUCACUACACGUCAUAUUGUAGAGUCGGCGACCAGUGGUUCGUCUUCAACGACCACAAGGUCGAGAUGGCCGCAAAGUCGGACGUCCUCUCGGCCAAGGCGUACCUUCUCUUUUAUAUCAUCCGUUCCUUGGCUUGAGCAGAAGCCUUGGUAAGAGGUGACCAUCCAGACUCACUGCCUGCCGGCCGGGGACCCAGACCACCAGCAGCCGACGACGGUCUAGACGCCCUAUUUGUUUGGCGCAUGUAUUUCCCACCAUUUCCCGAAUCGGGUAAACUACACCUGGCACGAGUGACACGUGUUGCUCGGGCAUCUGUCUCAGCGUUGGGACAUGGAUAUAUUCCAAGUCCGUAUCUCCUUUGCCUGUUUUUCCUCCCCUCGCAUAGGCAACAUAGGCGAGCGGCACUUUUUUAGCUGGGAAGCCGGCUUUAGAACAGGACAGACACGUGCAUGACAGGCGUUUGCAUAAGGACUUGUUUAUAGGCGCACGACUGGAGAACCGACAAGAGGACAAGAAUAGACAUGAUGUAUAUCUACGAUGUAUAUCUAGCGUGUAUUGAGGCAUUUAUCGACCGACUGUCUGGGUAGCAGAUGAACGGACAAACAAAACCGCGGCACCCACCCGCCUGAGCUCAAGCCGUCGUCCCUGCGUUGUCGUCGUCGUCGUCGCCGCGCCAGUC